CACCGUUGAAAUUUUGACCAGUUCGCUUCAGUUGAUUUUUGACUCAAUGUUAAGCACAUCAUGUCGUACGCACGACGCACACUUUUCCUAACCACACUCGCUUGUGUACUGUACGCCGCACUGGCGCUGCCGCCUUGCGCACGCGAUGACGAGGAAUGUCGCGACAGCCGCAUGCAUCCAGAUUUUGACGAUCUGCCACAGGGUAGAAUAUUCAUACGCAAAAUCGACGGCGAGGAUACCAACGAUUACUGGCGCAAUCAGGGCAAGGAGUUCGUGAAGUCUAAACUGGCCGAGAAGUUGAACACACAAAAGGCGAAAAAUGUGAUUUUAUUCUUGGGCGAUGGCAUGGGCAUUACCACACACUCUGCUGCGCGUAAUCUGAUCGGCGGUGAGGAGAAAUUCUUCUCCUUCGAGCAAUUCCCUUACACUGGUUUGUCGAAGACCUAUGCCGUCGAUCGUAUUGUGCCCGAUUCGGCGAAUACCGCGACUGCGUACUUGUGCGGCGUGAAGGCCAUGGAAGGCACAAUCGGUGUGAGCGGACAGGUGGAACGCGAAGACUGCGAGGCUGCAGUGGAUACCUCAAAUCACGUGUACUCGAUCGCUAAGUGGGCCAUGGAUGCUGGCAAGAAAGCUGGUGUUGUGACCACGACAAGAAUUACGCACGCUUCGCCUGCAGGCGUUUAUGCGCACACAGCCGAACGCGACUGGGAGGACGAUAGCGAGGUGAAGGCAUCUUGUGGCGCGAACACCAAAGUGCAGGACAUCGCCUACCAGUUGAUACAUGGCGAGGUGGGUAGCAAGCUGUCGUUUAUGAUGGGCGGUGGCAAGAAGCAUUUCAUCGACAGUAAGCUGUAUGAGAAUGGCACACGCGGCGAUGGUCUUAAUUUGAUCGAUGAAUAUAAGAAACUCAGUGCCAGAAAUGCUUUCGUUGAGUCACGCACUGAACUCAAUAGUUUGAACUUCAACAACGUGGAUCGCGUGUUGGGCAUUUUCAGCGAUAGUCACUUGCAGUAUCACUUGGACACCGAUGAGAACUCACGUCAACCCACACUAGAGGAGAUGACACGCAAGGCAAUUGAGUUUUUGAGCCGCAACGACCAGGGUUACUUCAUUUUCAUCGAAGGUGGACGCAUCGAUUCGGCGCAUCAUGAUAAUAUGGCGCGCAUAGCGUUGGAUGAGACUGUCGAGUUCUCAAAAGCCAUACGCGCAGCACGCGAGUUGACCAAGGAAGAGGAUACUCUCAUUGUGGUCACUGCUGAUCACUCGCACGCCUUCAGCUAUUCCGGUUAUCCAUAUCGUGGUAAUGACAUUUUCGGUCGCACACCAGCCACUCCCGAUGACAAGAAGCCGCUCAUGACUUUGAGCUAUGCAAACGGUCCGAGUUAUGAGAAGUUCUAUGAUGUUGCGAAUGGUGGACGUCGUGACCCCACUACUCUUAUAACUGGUGAUGUGCAUGACCAAUUUCCUGCAACCGCACCACUUGACUCCGAGACUCAUGGUGGCGAUGAUGUAGCUGUGUUCGCUUCAGGUCCCUGGGCUCAUUUGUUCACCGGUGUUUACGAGCAAAAUACCAUUCCUCAUAUUAUGGCUUAUGCUUCGUGCUUGUCAGACGGUCUGACAGUAUGCUCUAAGGUUGCUUAGGUUUUUUUAAAAAUGUAUUUCUUAUUAAAUUUAAAUAUAUUUUAAAUUAAAAUGUCAAAAUUAUUAUUC